CUUAGAGCUCAUGUAAACUAGUGGCAAUUUCUGAUCCCUCACUCAGGCUUUCUCCCUUUCAGUUUCUGAUCCCCAAGUCCUCAUGUCAAGGUCUUCCAGACACGAGGCUUUCUCCUGAGUGCCUGGGCUGCUCACCAUUUUUUUCCCCUGAAAAAGAAAAAGUUGUCGUGAAGAAGUUCUUGCGCGCACAGACAAGACCAUGGACAUCAUUGGCUUUCUGAAAUCCCAGUUCCUGUGCCACCUUAUAGUUUGUUACAUAUUCAUUGUGUCCGGGCUGAUAAUAAACACCAUCCAGCUCUUCACACUUGUACUCUGGCCCAUCAACAAACAGCUCUUCAGAAAGAUCAACUGCAGACUGGCCUAUUGCAUUUCCAGCCAGUUGGUGAUGCUGCUGGAAUGGUGGUCAGGUACUCAGUGCACGCUGUACACCGAACUCAAGGAUUAUGACAAGUACGGGAAAGAAAAUGCCAUCGUAAUCCUUAACCACAACUUUGAAAUCGACUUUCUCUGUGGUUGGAACUUUUGUGAACGAUUUGGGGUCUUAGGGAGUUCCAAAGUUCUGGCUAAGAAAGAACUUUCCUAUGUCCCUGUAAUUGGAUGGAUGUGGUAUUUCCUAGAAAUAGUAUUCUGUUCCCGCAAGUGGGAGGAAGAUCGCGAGACAGUCAUCAGGGGUUUGCUAAAUCUUCGGGACUAUCCUGAAAACUUCUGGUUUCUGAUUCAUUGCGAGGGCACCAGAUUCACCCAGCAGAAGCACCAAAUCAGUAUGCAGGUAGCCGAAUCUAAAGGCCUGCCGAAACUCAAAUAUCACCUGCUCCCGCGCACAAAGGGAUUUGCUGUCACUGUGAAGUGUUUAAGAAAUGUAGUUGCUGCUGUGUAUGACUCUACACUCAAUUUCAGAAACAAUGAAAACCCUACACUCUUGGGUGUCUUAAGUGGAAAGAAAUAUCAUGCAGAUUUAUACGUAAGAAGGAUUCCAUUAGAAGAAGUCCCAGAAGAUGAAGAGCAGUGUUCCAGAUGGCUUCAUAAGCUCUAUCAAGAGAAGGAUGCCUUUCAGGAGGGAUACUACAGGACAGGAACAUACCCUGGUACCCCCAUCGUACCCCCUCGGCGACCCUGGACUCUCCUCAUUUGGCUUUUCUGGGCUCUGCUGCUUCUCUACCCCUUGUUCCAACUGGUGGUCAACAUGAUCAGCAGCGGCUCGUCACUGACGCUGGCCAGCUUCGCCCUUGUCAUCUUCGUGGCAUCUGUUGGUGUUCGGCGUAUGAUUGGCGUGACAGAAAUUAACAAAGGUUCUACCUAUGGAAACAAUGACAGCAAGCAGAAGCAAAAGUGAUUGCUUCAGGGACUGCUUUUCAUCCAAAGGGAACUUCAGAAAACUCUUGAUUCUCCUCCACAGGACAGAGUGAUUAAGGUUGGAUGAGAGACUACUGGGGAAAUAUUUAAAGUCACUCUCCCUUUUGGGGGGGGGGCUUGGUCUCAAAGCCAGAUGGGGAAGAAGAUGUAUUCUUAAAUCCCCUCUCCUAACAUUUUUAAGCGGGUUUUCUUUCUUUUCCUCUUGUGUGUGUGUGUGUGUGUGUGUGUGUGUGUGUAUGUGUGUGUGUAUGCGGUGGGUAUCCAUAUAUGCGGAAGGCCUAUGUUUUAUAAUAAUCCAAGACAUAUUUUGGGGGUGGGGUAGGGAAUCCCUUUCAUCCUUUGGUGCUGAGUUUUCUGUAACCCCUCUAAAAGGUUACCAGGGAUGGAGUAGAGAGUGCUUUUACAAAGAGGAUUAAAUUAUGCCUCCAAAAAAAAAAAUUAACUUGUAUGUCUGGCACAUCUGUGGUAUAUGUUUACACAGGUCUCCUUUACUCUAUCCCCUUUCAUUCUUUCUGGCAUGGCAUUUUUAUGAUUUUUAUUACAAGGUGAUUUAGAGACUGCUUAGGCAGAGAGAGCUGUCAUGCCUGGAGACCAUGAAGCCUUCUAAAUGAGGUAGAUGGACCAUAUAUGUCAACAUCCUAGAUAAAAAGAAUGAUAGUCUAAGAGUUUGGACUAAUGGACAUUCAUACCCAAUAAGUAAGAAUCUGUAUACGUCUGGAAGGAGAAUGAAGUAGAGGAUUUGGGAAAACUGCGUGAAAGCCUUUGAAUGGCCAAAAAAAAAAAAGCCUUUCUUUUCUCCUAUUUGAUUCCUGGGUUACAUACCCAUGGUGUUUCUACUGCUGUGAUUUCUCUGGCAUCCCCAUCUUGUUUGUCUCCAAGUCAGCACCAGCAUGCCUGUGCUCUUCUCACCCUCAAGACCAAAUAUAAUGUAAUGGCCUGGCAGAUGACUACCUUUUAUGGGUGUUCCCUUGUCCAUGACAUUAGCUAAUUGAAAUGCAAAACUAAAUACAAGCAUGAAUUUAUUGGCACAAUCCAGAAAUCCCAUCCAAUCAUGGACUUUCACUUGAUUAAAAUGCUGUUUAGCCUUUUCGGGGUUUUUUUUGUUUUUUUUUUAAACAUCAUUGGUAGCUCCCAUUGAGCUACUAAGGUUCGGCUUUUGAUCAGGGCAGUGGUCUCUCUUACAUAGCUUCUAAUUUAUUCUACCAAAAGAUUCUGUCCAUGAGACGUUGGGGCAGAAUUUGGAGAGACGUCCAGUAUGAAGGACCCCAUGCUAACAUCUGCUUGCUAGCCGACAUAGCCAACUGCUAGAAAAAGCAAUAAUUUACCCAAAAGAGAACUCUCUUAUACAAGGUAGGUUCCUUGAGGGACAAGUGUACUUCAGGUAGUGACACCAAUGCUAUACUCAGUUUGGUUUUUAAAUAACAGAGAGAUGUAUGACUUUGGCCAUUUCUGGUUGGUCAUCUGGGGAUUUCUUUUUGUGGACACAAAGCCAAUAUCAAGCAUUAAUGCAGGUAUUGAUUCUUAGACAAAUAUGAGUUUAAAGGCUCAUUCUGUUCAGAGAGCUCUACUUUCAGACAACCUGUUUCUUAUUCAGUCCAUUAAUAUUUAUUGAAUGUGACUAUGUUCUGCAGUGCAGAAGGCAGAGACCUUUCCAUUUAAAGAGCUUUUGAUCUAUGAGGAAGAACAAAGUAGAAGUAAAUGCAAGCAAGAAACAGGACCAAUUAUACUUUGGAGUUGUGACUGUUGAUGAGACUAAUUUUGUAUGAGGCUUGCACAGUCAUAGUCAUUAUUUUGUGUCACACUUUUUUGUGUAUAUACAUGUACACUAAGGGAAGAGUGGCAGGAAAUGAGCAAAAUGCUUCUUCCUCAUCAUUUUCUGAUGACUGGAUUACAGUGUCAUGAGAGUAAUCACGAACUAUUUUUUAAACCGGUCUUUAAAUGUAAACAAGACAAAAGUAUAAACGGAAAACGUGCUGGGAUUUAUCAGUGGUAGUCAUUUCUAAUACUGGAUGUGAUCUGGACCUUCCACCAUCUUUUAUCAUCCAUUCUUUGUUCCUUGCUAACUCUGGAGCACAAAAUAUUGUCCCCAUCUGUAGAAAUUUUUGUUUUAAGAGAUUCACUGGAUUGGAAAUUGUCUUUUAUCAUUUCUGUUUGGCAGGGUUCUCUCACCUCUUACUGCUCCCACUUUGUGCUGGGUUUGACCCAUUCAACAAAACACCCCAGGACAGUUGCUUGGCCAAGAAUGAAAAACCCAAGGGGCCUGUUUAAUUGUUUCUUUUCUGAUCUAGGGAGCUAUAGAUUAAGAUUCUGUCUAACAUCCUCAUCUUGGGUAAGCCCUGUUCAGGGCUUGCUCACAAAGUCCAUGAUCAUGGGGGAAAAACUUAAGUGUAUAUUGAAACCUAGUUACUCUCUAUUAGCUGUAAUAUCUGAGUUCUUUUAUAGCUGAAAUAUGGGACCAGAAAUUUAAAACUAGUAUCUAUAUAAUUAAAAUGUAUAACUAGGCACGUACUGUAUCUUAGUCAUACAGUACCUACCUAGUUGAGAGAUGAUUACCAGUCUGUCCUAUAGCUAAUCAGGGCACUUAUUUGGAGACUAAACUUGGAAAGGAAGCUUAUCCUAAAAUUUCUGAUGGUGACUUGUUUUGUGGGCAUCCAUAUCCUUUAAAGAUGAAACUGGGCAAAAAACUUCACUUGGGCAGCUGCUCAGUACAGCCUGCUUUCAUUUUCAAUACUGGCUUCUCUCUUAUAGUCAUAGGCAUCUCUCUAAAUGCUUGCAGCAGCCAUGUGCAUAUUAUCUAUAAAUGGAAAGUUAAGUUGCUCUGAAGACAGUUUAAACAGCAAAUAGAAAAGUAUGUCCAAGAUUUAGAGUCCUGCCAUUAUUUAGAAAUUGAUGAUGAGCCUGACCCCUUAUGAUGGAGCUCACAGUAAAGACUUUGAGGACCUUAAUUAAUUGCUUAUACUUCCUCUAAUGGCAGACACCAGGAUGAUGGAGAGUCCAACCAAGACACCUGUUAGACUACAGGGUAUGCUUUUUUAUUUAUCUUUAAAUUUGAACAUACUGAUGUUUUGGGGAUUCAUAACACUUCAGCAAAAUAAUGAACCCACACUGUGAAGAAUCUGCCUCAGGAUCAUAGGAUCAUAAAUUUUGAAGCUGGAACAGACCUUGAAAGCCAUCUAAUCCAGUCCCUUUGUUUUACAGAUGAGGGAACUGAGGCCCAGAAAGAGUUGAAAAAUUAAUACAGAUUGCUCUGCUCAAGUCUUUUUACUUCCCCAUUCUCUGCUAGAGGUUUAUCUCAGAUAAAAGAGUAAUCAGUCUGAUUGACAUAUCACACAUUCCCCAGGUUGGGAUAAAGAACUAAGGACCUGUUGGGCUAUUAGCUUACAUAGGAAAGAAGAAAAAGUCAAAAGUCAACAUGAGCUAGUGAACAGUAUCAUUAAAGGACUUUAUCUCCUACUUUUUAGUUAUGUGAAACAGAAUUUGAAAGUAAGAUCUACCCAUAAUCAGAGUUGACUAUAUAUUGUUACCCAGUCCUUCUUCUCCUAAAGCUUUUGGAUGAAGUGUGUGUAAUCCUGCCUGGAAAAGGUACUUGCCAAAAUGUAAUAAAACUCUUUUGGUUUACUGUAUUAAAAGCCGUACAUAUUGUUGUCUUGUUAGGCAUCAGUGUUUAUCCUCCAUAAGCGACUGUGUUUUACAAUUGCCUUAACAAAAAGUAGUCUUAAUUUUGUUUACAUGGGAAAAAAUAAAAAGAACUAA